AUGAAAAAUGAAGAAGACCGUGUUAAGAUGCAAGAUAUCCCAUAUAGAGAAGCAGUGGGAAGUCUUCUUUAUGCUUCACAAGGAACGAGGCCAGACAUAGCUCACGCAGUGGGUGUUGUAAGUAAAUAUUUGUCGAAUCCAGGUCAUGCACAUUGGAAGGCUGUAAAAAGGAUCAUGCGUUAUUUAAAGGGCACAAUCGAUGCUAAAAUCGAAUACUCCAAAAAUGAUGACUCCGAAUUAUUGGCAUAUAGCGAUGCAGAUUGGGCAAACGAAGUUGAUGAUAGGCGUUCAGUUAGUGGCUACAUAUUGAAAAUGCAAGGCGGUCCCAUCUCAUGGGAUAGUAAACGACAAAAGACAAUAGCGUUGUCGACAACCGAAGCCGAAUACAUGGCACUAUCAGCAGCUUGUCAAGAAGUGCUUUAA